AAAAAAAAAAAAAAAAAAAAAUUAUAUGUUAGGAAAAUCUGGGUAAAGGCUUGAUUAAUUUGACAGUUUAUGUUGGUCAGUGCCUUAAACUAACUUUUUUUUUUUGAGACCAGGUCUCACCCUGUAACCCAGGCUGGAAUGCCAUGGCGCGACCAUGGCGUGGUGAGCCACCACGCUGGGCCCUUAAACUAACUUUAUAUGAAACUUUCCUGCUGGUGAAAAUGCACGUCUUGACGGAGGGAGCAUUUCCACACUCUGCAGAGGGCACAGGGAAGUAUGUUGAGCUCCCAGAGUCAAAUCCUUCAGUGUCCCAGUCUCAUCACCACGUUUUGGUUCACUCUGGGGUUCCAUUUCAACAGUCAAGAGUCUGGCUGCCAAGUCUGGGAAUAUUUUUAGCCUCCUGAAUGGGACGUUUGCUUGAGAAGUAUGAGGGCAGCAGGCUGCUUAUCUGCACUAGUUCAAGUUUUUGCUUUUUUUUUUUCUGUUUUGAUUCAUUUUUGUUUUGAUUCAUUCAUUCAUUUAUUGCUGCUGUAUGAUUUCAGUUCUUCCACACAUUUGAUACUUUAAUACCGUUCUUGACCUGUUUUUAUUUCCUUGGCUGAAAAUGAGUAGAUUGAGAUGCAAGGUGAGAGAGGAAGGCUUGACCUUGCUGCCAAGAGUCUCAUCCUCAAAUCCUGACGCCCAGUGGACAUCAGGCCCCCCUCCUGCUGCCGUGUGGCCUGUGUGGCCUUGGGCUUCCCUCUGCUCUAAGGCCAGGGGAAUGGCUCCACCGGACUGUGAGUCUGGGAUUCCCUGCAAAACACUUGUGACUUCUUCUCCAGGAGGAAAAGGCAGUAAGGGCCCGCUGAGUACGGGCAGGUAAUUCUGCAUAAAUGCAAAUGUUCCCUGGAAGGGAUCAGGACACAGAUCUGGGAGGAAGCCUGCCCUGUCAAGCAAGGUCUGUGCCUGGAACUCGUUCAUCCUGCUCUACUCAGCACUGCGUGAUCGCUUCUUCUGUCACUCAGUGCCCAAGGGGCUGGACCUGGAGCCCUAUCCAAUCAGAGCCAUGGGGCGAGGUCGUAGGAAUUGUCAAUCAGGCGCGCGGCUGGGAAGACGGUGCGAGGUUCAAAGAGCCGGCGGCGUCUUCUCCACACCCCUGCGCUCAACUCUAGCCUCGGUCACUGAGAGACGCCCUGGAAAGUCUGUGGCGGCCUCUGUCACACUGGGACCCCCACUGGCAGCGGGAAGCAGAGGGAGGACCCUGGAACAUCCCGGAAGCUGGGAAAUGGACACAGUGGCCUUUGAGGAUGUGGCUGUGAACUUCACCCAGGAGGAAUGGGCUUUGCUGGGUCCAUCACAGAAGAAUUUGUACAGAGAUGUGAUGCAAGAAACCAUCAAGAACCUGGACUGUAUAAGAAAGAUAUGGGAAGGCCAGAAUACUGAAGAUCAGAACAAAAAUCCUAGGAGAAAUCUAAGAUGUCAUAUGGUAGAGAGAUUCAGUGAAAGUAAAGACAGUAGUCAAUGUGGAGAACCAUUUAGCCUGAUUCGAGGUAGUAUUGUGAACAACAGCAUUUGUCCUGGAGAAGAUCCAUGUCAAAGCACCGAGUGUGAAGAAGUCAUAAUGGGUCAUUUAUCCCUUAAGAGCCACAUCAGAGUUGACGCUGGAUUCAAACCGUGUGAGUAUCAGGAAUAUGGCGAGAAGCCACAUACACAUAAACAACGUGGGAAAGCCUUCAGUUAUCAUCACUCCUUUCAGUUGCAUGGAAGGCCUCACACUGGAAAGAAACGCUAUGAGUGUAAGGAAUGUGGAAAAACCUUCAGUUCUCGUAGAAACCUUCGAAGACACAUGGUAGUGCAAGGUGGAAACAGACCUUAUAAAUGUAAGUUGUGUGGGAAAGCUUUUUUUUGGCCCAGUUUAUUGCGUAUGCAUGAAAGAACGCACACUGGAGAGAAACCGUAUGAAUGUAAGCACUGUUCUAAAGCCUUUCCUUUUUACAGUUCCUAUCUAAGACACGAGAGAAUGCACACUGGGGAGAAACCGUAUGAAUGUAAGCAGUGUUCUAAGGCCUUGCCUGAUUCCAGUUCCUAUAUAAGACAUGAAAGAACUCACACUGGAGAGAAACCCUAUGUAUGUAAACAAUGUGGGAAAGCCUUCAGUGUUUCCAGUUCCCUUCGAAGACAUGAAACCACUCACAGUGCAGAGAAACCCUAUGAGUGUAAGCAAUGCGGGAAAGCAUUUCAUCAUCUUGGAAGCUUUCAAAUACACAUGAAAAGGCACACUGGAGAUCGACCUCAUAAAUGUAAGAUAUGUGGGAAAGGCUUUGAUCGUCCCAGUUUAGUUCGAUAUCAUGAACGAAUUCACACUGGAGAGAAACCCUAUGAAUGCAAACAGUGUGGGAAAACAUUAUCUCAUAGCUCAAGCUUUCGAAGACACAUGAUAAUGCACACUGGAGGUGGACCUCAUAAAUGCAAGGUAUGUGGGAAAGCCUUUGUUUAUCCCAGUGUAUGUCAAAGACACGAAAAGUCUCACACAGGAGAGAAACCCUAUGAAUGCAAGCAGUGUGGGAAAGCAUUAUCUCAUAGCUCAAGCUUUCGAAGACAUAUGGUAAUGCAUACGGGAGAUGGGCCGAAUAAAUGCAAGGUAUGUGGGAAAGCCUUUGUUUAUCCUAGUGUAUGUCAAAGACAUGAAAAGACUCACUGGAGAGAAACAAUAUGAAUGUAAACAAUGAUAAAGUCUUCUAUAUUUCCAGUUCCCUUUGACAUCAUGAAUAAACUUACACUGGACAGAAACCCUAUAAAUGUAAAUGUG